AUGCCUUCCAACAGAUUGACCUACGUACGUGCGAUCCGACGAGUCGAAUUGGAGAUGUGGGAUCCAGAAGAGAUGGGAUGAGGGAGGAAUGGUUGGGCUAACAGGACAUUCUUACAGCGCCGCCGGCAACCAUACAACACCAAGUCCAACAAGGUCCGCGUGAUCAAGACUCCCGGUGGCGAGCUACGAUACCUCCACAUCAAGAAGAAGGGUACCGCACCGAAAUGUGGUGACUGCGGCACCAAGUUGCCAGGCGUACGUCCCCCCUUCAGAACAUCACCGAGCGGAACUCUCACCAAAUAAACCCAAGUGACGCAUGGAAGAAUUGACAAGAGCUAUACUGACUUGACAUGACUCCACAGGUUCCAGCCCUCCGCCCACGCGAAUACUCCCAGAUCUCCCGCCCCAAGAAGACCGUCCAGCGUGCCUACGGUGGCUCGCGCUGCGCCAACUGCGUCAAGGACCGCGUUGUUCGCGCCUUCCUGAUCGAAGAGCAGAAGAUUGUCAAGAAGGUCAUGAAGGAGGCGGAGAAGAAGGGCAAGCGAUGA